UUAUACCCGCAUAUCGCCCUAUAUUUACACAAUUGCCAAAGUAAAAAUAGACCUCCUUAAGCCGCGAUAGACUAUAAAAGGCUUGACCCUCCUGGCACUUUAUCUGAGAAGUCUUCGAAAUGGUUGCCAAGAUUCUGCUGAGCGUGCUGCUCCUUGCUGUUGUCACCGAUCUGGUCUCAGCCCAGUGCUCCCAAAACCUGUGCCCAGCGGUCACGAACUCGAAUUGCCGGUGCAAGGGAAAACUUCAGUAUCAAUGCGUUUGCGACUUCACCUGCUCCGAGUGGGACAAGCCCUGCAACUGGGUCCUUACAUGUCCUGAAGAAAUCGACGACAUCAAUUCAGUGCGCGACAAGAGAAAUAAGCUAAAUUUGUUUAGAUUGCCCAAUCGAAGCCGCCGGGAGUGUUUGGAAAUCAAUGUCAACACCCACAAGCACCCGAAUUGCUGCAACUUGUUCUGCAAGUCUAAGUUUAAAGAUGUCUGUUUUUAAAUAAAUGUAUG